UAGGACACCUUGUACACUGUAUCAUUUGCCUGAGCAAGCUAGCUAAACAAUCACUUGGGAACCCAAAGGGGGGGCAAGAGUUUAGAAAUUGAUGCCGACUUUGAUGUUUUACUCGUUUUCAAUGACCAUUUUGAUGUUCGCGGUGCAUCUUACGAGGGUAUCCAGCUCGUAGGAGAUCUCGUCAUUACCGUACAGAUGUGGAUACAGUAGCUACUCUGGGUCCAUAAUUCAUCAUCAUCAUAAUCAUCUUCAUCCCCAUCAUCAUAAUUUUUUUUUCGAGGUGGAUUGGAACACGGUACGGACCCAGAGCGGAUGAUUUACAGCCUGAGCACACCGUGAACUGAAGGCUCUGCCAGGAGGCCUCGCUCCUUUCUUUACAUACGUACUUCUUUUUUUUCUCGCUGUGGGGGAAGAGUCACGAGCCCAGCUGCUUCAGACAGGUGGGACAGGGAGAGUGAGGGACAGUGUGUGGGCAAGAAAAAGACAGGCACCUGAUUGCCAUUUGCGGUCCUGUACGCUCAUCAGGACGCCAACAACCUUUGUCAUCUGAUCUCAUCCCGGGCUCCACCCUGCCCCCACCACCACCCAGCCAAUCACAACAGCCAUGGGGAGGAAAAAGAUCCAGAUCCAGCGAAUCACAGACGAACGGAACAGACAGGUGACAUUUACCAAGCGCAAGUUCGGCCUGAUGAAAAAGGCCUACGAGCUGAGUGUGUUGUGUGACUGUGAGAUUGCCCUCAUCAUCUUCAACCACUCCAACAAGCUCUUUCAGUACGCCAGCACCGACAUGGACAAAGUGCUGCUCAAGUACACAGAAUACAACGAGCCUCACGAAAGCAGGACCAAUGCGGACAUCAUAGAGGCUCUGAACAAGAAAGAGCACCGGGAUUCGGAAAGCCCGGACCCUGAGGAGCCCUUCUCGCUCACACCUCGCACUGAGGAGAAGUACAAAAAGAUAGACGAGGAGUUUGAUAAAAUGAUGCAGAGCUAUAGACUGUCAUCUACAGUGCCAGCACCCACUUUCUCCAUGCCAGUCACAGUGCCCGUGUCCAGUCAGAGUCCUCUGCCCUUCAGCAAUCCCAGCAGCCUUGUUACCACUUCCUUUGUCACCUCCACGCUCACAGACCCUCGCCUGCUGUCGCCACAGCAACCACAGCUCCAGAGGAACACAGUGUCUCCUGGUCUGCCACAGAGACCAGCCAGUGCAGGUGCUCUUCUAGGAGGUGACCUGAAUAACUCAAACGGGGCAUGCCCAAGCCCAGUGGCUAAUGGGUACAUCAGUGCCAGGGCCUCCCCAGGCCUUCUCUCCGUCUCCACUGUCUCAAACGGUAAUAGCAUGGGGAAAGUAGUCCCGGCCAAAUCCCCCCCUCCGUCCAGCCCACAGAUGGUGAGCAGUCGCAAGCCGGACCUCCGCGUCAUCACCUCCCAAAGCAGCAAGAGCCUCAUGCAGCUGACAGAUGAGGAGCUGGAGUUGGUGACUGAGAAUGCUCAGCGGUUAGGUGCCUCCCAGCCUCUGACUACUCCAGUGGUUUCCGUGGCAACACCCAGUCUACUGACCCCAUUCUCUAUGCCAACUGCCUACAACACAGAGUAUCAGCUGACGAGUGCAGAUCUCACGGCCCUUCAGGCUUUCACGCCGCAGGGUGCACUGUUGCCGAGUAACAUGACCGCCUGGCAACAGCAGCAGCCAUCAGUAUCACAGCAACCACAGCAGCAGCCAUCCAUAUCCCAGCCUCAGCAACAGCAGCAGCAACCACAACAGAUCAGUCUGGCCUCACUCAGUAACCUUGUCAUGUGGGGUGCAGACAAACAGAACGGGGAGAUGGCUAACUGCCUCUCCGGUCUGGCCGCUAAUGUCAGUGUGACCUCUCAGGCCAGCUUACUCUUGGGCAGGGAGGAUGGGCUCAGCUGGCCAGUGGGUCCCAUCCCUCACGGAGCCACUUUGACGGUGAACACUAACCCGGGUGUGAGCAUCAAGUCAGAGCCGGUGUCUCCUAACCGCGAGCGCUCUACCCCAAUCUCCACGGCAGGUCUCAGCGUGUCCCAGUAUCCAGGGGCUGUGCGAGUGGAGGCCUCUGGCCGCUCGCCACUCCACACCAUCAGCAGCAGCAGUAACAGCAGCGAGCGGGACGAGACGGGCCAGCCACGGCCUCCGGAGUUCAGCGCAGCCACCCUGGGGCCAAUCAGAAUAGCCGGAGGUCAAACAUCCUCUGCAGAGUCACAGGAGGGCGCUAAUGGCAAACGCAUUAGACUGGAUAACUGGAACACAUAAAUACAACAAGCUAGAGCUGCCCUCUGUCUCUCUCUCUCACACACACACACUCACACACACACACACACACACACACACAACACAUACAACACAUAACCACCAUACACACACAUUUACCCUUUCUCUGACAUACAGUUUCAUCUGCAGCCAAGACACAUGCAUGCAACACAUUCUUUCCUUGGGCUUUUUCUGUUUUUCAUAUACACAGACAGAGACACACACAUACACACAGUGCAUAUAUGUACACACAUGCAAGAUAGUCAUGGAUAGAAGUGCCAAUGCAGGUGCACUUGCAAGCUGGAUCGUUUUGGACAGGUGUAGGAUGGGACGUUUGUGUUUCUACAAAGCAGAGAAGAAAAAAAAAAUGCCAGCUUUACUGACCUCUGAUCAGUCUUUACUGUCCUCAGCCCUGUCUCCACACUGACACACUUUACUUUUCUGAUCCAAGUCCGGCUAAAGCGCUCAGACAGCCAAACACAAACUGUUCAUCGUGGAGUGUAGCUUAGCCGCUCAGAAGCUGAUAUCCAGGUCAUGUUAUUGUUGUUUGAGGUUUUUUCCCUUUUGUUUUUUUGUGUGAGUGUGUGCGCGCAUAUGUGUGUGGUUGAAAGCUUGUUUUUGCUGUUAAUUUUUUAUAGCCGUUCUCUUCUUUUAUGGAAAUUUCUUCUUCUCCUUCUUUUUCUUCUUUGACUAUCAUGCUCAAACAGCUGUAGUACUGACUUACAAGGUGUCUGUUGCGUUUUAAUCAUCAGUCUUGUAAAUCAUGCAUAAGGAUGAAGUCUCUCAUGUACAGCCGACCUAAUCGAGGUUUUAAAAAUAUUUCAGGGACGGACUACGGUGACUCAUGAGGUGAACUCAGCCAUGCAAUCUCCUUACGAACGCAGAACUGCAGACAGACUGACAACAAUAAUAUUUGCGCGUAUGUACCCCGUGUGAUAGAGAGGACGUGGCGGUAACGGGCAAACAACCAAGUGCUCAGUUCAGUCAUGGUUUUAAAAUUUGUUUUUUUUUUCUGCUUUUCCUCUCUGCUAACUUGCGUCCAGUCCGUCAGCAGUGCACCUCUACAUGAACAGCUCGUUCGGCUCGCUCUUCUUUUGCAGGAGAAGCGACCAGAUUUUUCACUUUCUUCACUUUUGUACACACAAGUACGUAUGUUUGUACCGUACGUAUGGUGUAGUGAAAAUGUAGCCCUAUUUGUACGAUUUGAACACAAGUCCUGAUAUUAAAUGCAAAUGUAUACACAUGUUGCUCAGCUGAACACUCUCUCGUAAAGAGUGUCUGGCUGUAUUAGAGUCACUACCGCUAGUUUGUGUGAGAAGCAGCCUAAAAAUCUGUAUUUAUUACUUGUAUGUCUGGCUUUGCAAUUCAAAUGUUUGUUAGUUUAAUCUAUAAAGCAAGAUUUUUUUUCUUAAACUGUUGUUUUAAGAAUUCAGAUGAGUUUAGAAGCAAUCUGAGUCACACAGGGCUCGGGGGUUGCAGUUUUCUAGGCUUUCAGAGCGUGUAAAUAUCCAAGUUUCUGCACAGGCUCUUGUGUAAUGAGAGGAGAGAAUCGGAGAUAGAGAGGGGGUUUUCUGGAACUCUCAGCACACGGCCGUGAGGAUUGUAGAACCGGAGAGGAGUGUAGCUUUUGGUUGAGGCUGAGGAGCAGCCAGGUGAGGGGGAGUGUACAUAGAGAAACGUGUAUGAUCAUACACAUUGUGCUGGAUCUGCCUAAAGCAGAGCUGUAACUCUCAGUGGACAUGUCUUUCUAUUUCUAUGUGUAAAUAAAUUACCGUGUUGCGAGCGAGCCUAGUAGAGAUGCAGCAAGGGGCACAGACAUGGGUUUGACUGUUUCAGGAUCGAUGCUUUUUUUUUUUUUUUUUUUUUUUUGGGGGGGGGGGGGGUUUUUUUUUUUUUUUUUUUUUUCAGUAAUUGAUCUUCUGACAGAGUGCACUUUAAAUCACCCCUCACCACCCCAACACGAAUUCCCUGUACCCUUUAGUACUCAGCUGUUUUUCAUAAGAUGGGAUGUUUUCUGUUUGUUUGGGUUUUUUUUUCCCUCCCAGUCACUUAACCCAAUUAACAGGAGACACACUCUGCAUCCUCACUGUUCUUUUUGUCAUGUCGCUGCUUUCAUUUCCCUUUCCUUCAUGCUGGCUUGACCACCUGGCUUUCAGUUUCAUGCAGCAACUGCAAUACCGUCCGUUUUGGUCCUCAUAAUCCCAGCUCCUUAAACUUUAACACUCCAUCCCAACUCGCAGAAACAGUGUGUGCUGAUCAGGGAAGAAGAGCUCAUGUUUGUGGCCCCACAAUUCAUGCCUCGUUUUUUUGACGGUGAAAAAUUAUCAAAGACAGCUGUGUCACCUUUUUUGUAAAAAGACGUUGUACUUAUAAACAUAAUAGAUUAGACUUAACUCGACACGUGUUGCAAAUGUGCAAUUCUCGAAAUGCAAAAAAAAAGAGAUGUCUAUUAUUGAAACAAUAAUGUACACAAAUUGUUUUAUGGUCAUUAGUGUAGUGAAUAAUAGAGUGAAUAGAAUGAAGGAUGUUUCAUUAUUGGUAAUGAAGAAUAGGACGAGCAGCAACCUCUGUUCAAAGUUUGUGAACAGAAUGUUUUUAACCAGUGCUGUACGUUUAUUGGUAUCCCGAUUCUGUAGUCACUAUAUGUAAUUUCCCUCAAAAGCUUAAUAAACGAGAGAGAUUUGAUGUGACAUAUCUAAUGACGUAUUGGUGAGAAAAGUACAGUCUUGCUUUGUGAAAAGGUGUUCUUUAAAAAGUAAUAGAAAAGGACUCAGCCUGAAGUGUCUCAGAGGUUGGUUGAUUUGGCUAAAUAUUCCAUGGACAUUGUGGUAUAGCUUCAUUAUAUAUCUAUAUAUUCUCAGGUGAGAUCUGCCUUGCAUCAGUCCCUCCGUCUUGGCAGCUGAAUUAUUAUGUUUUUUGAUACCCUGUCAAAGCCCCUUCCAUUUCCCAGCGUCUCUUUCUCCCUUUUUCUCACUAACCUUCUUCUUUGUUUGGCAAGCAGCCAUCUCACCUAAACCAUCACAACUAGUAACCAAUAUCUCCUAGUCAAGAAUACACAUACACACACACACACACACUUGCCUAACACCACCUCGGUCUGCACUUUGGAACGCUUGUAGACUUUAAGCCUGAGCUUUGAACAAAUUCACCGAUUCCUGAACGUUUUCUUGAGGUGUAAGAAGUUUGCAGUCUCUGAUAAGGAUCUUUUGGUAAUGGUAAUAGUUAUUGUAUUCAAAAGGAAAGACAAUCGUCACGUGAAAAGUUAACUUUCACCCCCAUAUCCCCCAUGUAUGAUGUUUAGAGACGCUGAAUUUUUUCUAGUGUUAAUUUGUGCUGGUGACAGUUCUAUUGUCUGUUUUUAUUAUUAUUGUUAUAAUGGUUAUGGUUACCAUUAUUGUUAUCAUCUUUAAUGGUAAUAAUAAUGAUAAUUUAAAGAUUUUUAUUUUCUGCAUAUAUUUUUUUGUGUAGGGUAGGCAUCCUAUUUUAUUUGAAUUUGACUUUAUUAUAUAUGGAAUACUAUAUGAAUAUCUUUGUUUUCAGGUUUUUUUCUUUUUGUUUGUUUUAUUUUGUUUUUAUUUUUUUCUUCAAAGGGGUGUUACUAAUAUUGCACGAUCUAUUAAAACAAAAAACAUCAGUAGUGAUAUUAGUACUUACUGGUAACUGAGGGAAGUGAUAUACAAGCUGAUAGAGUGACCAGUCAAAUGCUGCAAUUUUUAGUCAAUUGUACAAAACUAUCUCUACGCAUAGAAGAGUAGGGGUAGCCACUCGUUUAAUUUAUUCAGAUCAGACACAGAUGUCAAUGCAUGGGCGUAAAAACAAGCAAAGAAUGAGUCAUAUUAUAAUAACUGAAAUGUAAUUUCAUUAAGAAUAUACACCACACACAACUAGAAUAGAAAUUGAAGAAAAAAAAAGUUUAAAGAAAAAAUAGCUAAUAUAUUGUGUUCUGCUAGUAUGCUUUGAGUUUUGUUGUAAACAAAAGAUAUUUUCUGUUGUUUUCGGAGAAUGAUAUACAAUUUGUGUAUAUUUUCAUAAACAAAGUAUGCACUGAUAUGUUAUUACAAAUUAUAUACUGCUUUUACAAAAAAAAGUGUUUGUUAUUGUACCAAAGUAUCCAUUUGUCCUUUAUGACCUUUCCCUCCCCCUUUUGCGUAUGUUUUACUGUAUUUUAUAUAUUAAAUAGACAAGUUGACCUACGAAGAA